UAAAUAGUCGCACACGUCGCACCGACCUCUUCCAACCAGCACGCACGCCAGGGGAGCAACUUCCAACAGUUGGCCCGAAGGUUUAGUUUUGUUUCAGUGAGGAAUAAUUUGUUUGGGAAACGAAGACCUUUCAACCAGCAGUCGGAGGAAAACGAUUCAGAUGGAUGUACGAAAUCAAACAUGGCUCCUAGCGUGGAUGUCGAUUCUGCUGAGCUGUCUGCUGCAGACAACCACCGGACAGUCGCAUAUGGGCCUUUUUGAGGCGACUAUCGAAGUUGUCUCAGAGGGCACCCGCUUCAUGAACCGCAACCCACGCGACGCGGAGCCCCUGCGACGCAAGUACGACUUCAUUAUAGUGGGCGCCGGCACGGCCGGCUGCCUGUUGGCGAACAGACUCAGCGCCGAUCCGACGCACACGGUGCUGCUCAUCGAGGCAGGCCGCGACGAGAGUUUCAUCAUGGACGUGCCGAUUUUGGCCAACUUCUUCCAGCUGACACCGGAGACAAAUUGGGGCCACAAGACAAUGAAGCAGGACACGGCCUGCCUGGGCCUCAAGAACAAACAGUGCAAAUUGCCGCGCGGCAAGGUGCUCGGCGGCUCCAGCGUCCUCAACUACAUGAUUUACACGAGGGGCAACAAGAUCGACUAUGACAGGUGGCGCGAUAUGGGCAACCCUGGCUGGGGCUACGACGAUAUCAUGCCGUACUUUAGGCGUCUCGAGGAUGUGCAAAUUUACAGAAAUUUCAGCAUUAGAGGCACGGCCGGACCUCUGACAAUCACGCAUCCGCCCUGGCACACCCCCCUCGCAGAAAGCUUUUUAGAGGCUGGCAAAGAAAUGGGAUACGACAUUGUUGAUUACAACGGCGAAAGGCAGCUCGGCUUCCAAUUCAUCGAAGCUACAAUGCGGAACGGCACGAGACUGAGCUCCAACCGCGCCUUCCUCAUGCCCGUGCGAGACAGACCCAAUUUGCACGUGAAAAAAUUCGCAAUGGUCAGCAGGGUCAUUAUCGAUCCCAAGUCAAUGAGGGCCAUCGGAGUGGAAUUCAUUAAGGAGGGCAAGGCGCAGAAGGUGCUGGCCGACAAAGAGGUCAUUUUGUCUGCCGGGGCGCUGGGCACGCCACCUAUUCUCAUGCAGAGUGGCAUUGGCCCCGCGGACCACCUCAGGUCGAUGGGCAUUCCUGUGCUCCAGGAUCUGAAGGUCGGCUACAACCUGCAGGACCACUUGUCAGUCCCCGCACUCACUUUCCUUAUCGACAAAAAGGUUUCCAUCAUAAACGAACGAAUUUUGGACGACGCGAAAAUGAUUAUCGAAUUCAUGGCGUACCACCAAGGUCCUAUCACCGUGCCCGGCGGCGUGGAGGCGAUCAGCUUCAUGAACUCCAAAUACAGUAACAACACUGAAUAUCCUGACAUAGAGCUGCUUUUCGCCGCCGGCUCUAUGACGAGCGACCCUACGCUGCACGCCUGCCUUGGUUUGCAACAAGGAAUUUAUAAUGAGGUGUACAAGCCGAUUGAACGUAAGGACGGAUUUACUAUUUUCCCCCUUAUCAUGCGGCCCAAGAGCCAGGGCAGAGUGAUGCUCAGGUCUAGAGACCCUAUGAAGUUACCCCUCAUUCAACACAACUAUUUGAUGGACGAUUCAGACAUAGAGAUUUUGUUGGAGGGCGUCAAGACUGCGAUCAAGGUAGCAGAGUCAGAGCCGUUUAAGCAAUAUAACACCCGCUUGCACAACAUCCCCAUCCCUGCGUGCAAGAGAUUCGCCUUCAACUCGGACGACUACUGGCGUUGCACCAUCCGCCAGUUGACGAUGACGUUUUACCACCAGUGUGGCACUGCCAAGAUGGGGCCGGCGACCGACCCUGACGCCGUCGUCGACCCCGAGCUGCGGGUGUACGGCGUAAAGGGGCUGCGCGUGGUAGAUGCUUCAAUUAUGCCGUUCGUGCCGACUGCACAUACAAACGGGCCUGUCUAUAUGAUUGCCGAGAAAGCGUCAGAUAUGAUAAGAAACACUUGGAGGACGAGGAUGUAAAAUAGACUGAUGUUUCUAAUUCAAUGACCAUGCAUUUCUGAUAGCUCCCGGAUUUUCGAAGCCAGUUCCUUUUUGCACUGAUUUUAUAUAAACACAAGUCAAUCUUAUUUAUUGCAAUAAGGCUUAUUGCCAUUAUUUGUGUAUAUGCUUUUCGUGUGUGUUCAACUUGUAUUACUAUCUUAUCUGAUGUUUUUACAAAUAAAUAAAAACGUGUAGAAAAAA